AUAUAUCAUGCUGGCCUCCAAAUGCAAAUUAACCCAAAUCAUCCUGCUCUACAUUCUCACUUCUUUUUCUUCCUUCUAAACCAGUUCCAUCUCAUUGCCUUCUACUGUAUAUUCCCCCCAAAAAAGAUUAAUCAUUUUACUAAACAAAGCUGAACUGAUAUCCAGCCAGAUUUAUCAAUAUUCAUUCCACACAUCUCUUCACUACCUACAAAUUAACAAGCUGCUAAGCUAACUCGAUCGGAUUCGCCUCCUCGCACUCGGUUCAUAGUUCUCUUCAACUGUGAUGAUCUUCACUUUAAGUUUUAGGCCUUCAACAUAUAUGCUCUCUCUCUUUCUCUCUGAUCUGCCUCCAUUUCCCCAUUCUAUAGGUACACAAACUACUAAAUAAAUAUUUCACUUAAUUUCCAAAUGAUAUACAGUAUAUACAUAUACAUGAUCCAAAUUGCACAUGAUGGAUAGAUAUAUAUUGAGUAGUGAUCAGACUAGAUCAGAGAGGAUCUAGCAAAGCACUGCCCAGAAUAGAUAUCAUGGAUACAGAUCAUCAGCAGGAAUCAUGCACAGUACCACCAGGAUUCAGAUUCCACCCCACAGAUGAAGAGCUGGUGGGAUACUAUCUGAGGAAGAAAGUUGCAUCCCAGAAGAUUGAUCUGGACGUUAUUAGAGACAUUGAUCUCUACAGGAUCGAGCCUUGGGAUCUCCAAGAAAAAUGUGGGAUAGGGUAUGAAGAGCAAAACGAGUGGUACUUUUUCAGCCACAAGGAUAAGAAGUACCCGACGGGGACGAGGACGAACCGGGCAACCAUAGCCGGGUUCUGGAAGGCGACCGGGAGAGACAAGGCCGUGUAUGACAAAUCCAAACUCAUUGGGAUGAGGAAAACCCUGGUUUUCUACAAAGGCCGGGCUCCUAAUGGUCAGAAAUCUGAUUGGAUCAUGCAUGAGUAUAGGCUUGAAUCUGAAGAGAAUGCCCCUCCUCAGGCAAAAGGAUGGGUGGUGUGUAGAGCAUUCAAGAAAAGAAUCACCGGACAACUAGCAAAGAGCAAUGAAGGUUGGGAGUCCAACUAUUGCCUGUUGUACGAUCAUGAACACAACAUCAUUAACAAUUUCAUGGGAAUUGGGAACACCUCUUCUAAUAAUAAUAACAAUAGUUUUAUGGCUCAAACAUUAUUUAUGUGCAAGCAAGAACUCGAUGCGGCGGCGGCCGCCGCCGCAUCAUCGUCAGAAACGACCGCGAAUUUCACACAGCACCAUUCAGAGAACAACCACCUAUUCAAUCAGCUCCCGCAGCUGCAAAGCCCAUCCCUCCCACUCCUCAACAAAUACCCCGCUGCCGCCGCCACCAGCUCAUCCGCCGCAGCCGCCAGCUCAUCCGCCGCCGCCUCUCCGCCGCUGCCUCUCCGAGAAAACAAGAAAGUCACGGAUUGGAGGACGCUGGACAAGUUUGUAGCCUCCCAGUUGAGCCAUGACGAUGAUAAUCUGAAGGAGAAGAGCUUUACUAAAAGCUGUAGUUGUGAAGAAGACAUGGAUUUGUUAUUGCAGAACGCCGAGAGAGAAGAGGGAGGCGCCGGUGCCGGCGCCGGGAACAAGUUGAGCGAGUACUUCUUGAGUACUUCUGGAAGCUCGUCAAAUCUUCAUGAAGACAAUAUUGGUAUUUUCAUAUUUGACCGAUAGAUAAAAAAUAAUAAUGAAUUGAUGAAAUUAAUUAUUUAAUCAUGAGCUAGUACAUACUUACGUACGUGUAUAUAUAGUGCACGGGAAAAUUAAAAAGAUUGCAUGAGGCUAAAUUUAUUUGAGCUUCAUGCAGUCAGUCUAACACGUACGUACGUAUGUACUGAUCAGAUUUUAUGAUGUUUACAUACAUUAAUACAUAUAUACAUAUAUGGCAG